AUGACUGUCUCUCUCCCUUCCAACGUGCACCACGUGCACAACACCACCUUCACAGCCCUCCUCCAAAGCCUCCGCCAACGCGACCUCAAGCCCUCAGAGGUCCGCUCCCUGGUCCGUGAAAUGACCACUACCCUCUCCAAGUCCGUCCAUCUCGACACCACAGCCCCCGAAGAAACGGUAGCCGUGAUCGUCGUCCUCCGUUCUGGACUUGCCAUGUUCGACGGCUUCAUGGACAGCCUGCCACAGAACCUCUCGACAGCAGUCUACCACCUGGGUAUCUUCCGAGAUCAGACGACGCUGCAGCCGGUGGAGUAUUACAACAAACUGCCUCUUAAGCCGGCGCAGAUUAAACGGGCGGUGGUGCUGGAUCCGUUGAUCGCGACGGGUGGGACGGCGGCGGCGGUUGUUGGGAUUUUGGAGGAAUGGGGCCUGGAGAAGGUAACUUUCCUGUCAAUGCUCUCGACACCAACGGGAUUGUCUCAUGCAGCCGGAGUGUGGCCGGAGGGGAGUCGGUUCGUGGUAGGCGCAGUGGAUCCGGAGGUGAAUGCCAAGGGGUAUAUUCAGCCCGGGGUAGGGGAUAUUGGAGAUCGGCUGUUUGGGACGGUCUUCUGA